CUCGCGGUAAGACGUUUCAAAUCUUGGCGGUUUUAGUUGCCGACUUUUAAUGGAAUUUGUAAUAGUUGAUCAAAAUAUAUAUUGAGAGACUCGGUAAGUUAGAUUAACUAAGAUGAUGGAUGCUCUGUCUGUGGUGACCCAGCUCCGGGACCUGGCGUCGGAGCCCCAGAACCGGGAGGCAAUAGUCCAGGACCAGGGCUGUCUCCCCGGCCUGGUUCUCUUCCUGGACCACCAGGACCCGCAAGUGCUGUUCGCCACCCUGCAGACUAUGCGCUACCUGGCAGAGUGGCCCCUGAACAUCACCACUAUGAAGAAUGAACUGGGCAUGAUGGUCAGCCUGGUGACCCUGAUGGAGAGGAGUGGUUUGUGUGAUGACAUCAAUACCCUGUCGCGGGAGGUGUAUGGAAUCCUGAGUGCCCCGCCCAGCCCAGAGAAGGAGAGGAGGAGAAACAAACCCCAGUUCUUCCUCAACUCCUCCAAAGGGAAGAACAAGUCUGUCACUCUGCACAUCCAAGGCCUGGACAGCACUGCCCAGCGAGGUGUGUGUGAGGAGGCUCUGCUGAAGGUGAAAGGAGUGAUCAGCUUCACCUUCCAGAUGGCUUCUAAGAGAUGCACUGUUCGCAUCCGCUCUGACCUGCCCACUGAAAGUCUGGCGUCGGCCAUCGCUGCUACCAAGGUGCUGUCAGCCCAACAGGUGGUGAGGAAUGAAGUUGGGGAUGAGGUCCUGCUCCCCCUCAGUGUGUGUGUUGGUAAUGUGAGGGAGGAGAACGUAUCCAUACCAGACUACCUCCCAGAGGACGAGAGUCCAGAGAGCGAGAUGGACCGCGCCGUGUCCCGUACCGCAGCCAAGGACAACACCUCUGGCAGCUGGCUCGGCUCAGCAGCCACUUUCCUCACCAGAUCCUUCUACUGGUGAAACUGGGGCCCUCGGGAGCCGGCAUGGCUGUUCUCACAGGGGACACCUGAACUGGGAACACAGCAGAACUGCCCCCGUAUGGCUGCAUCCCCAUUCUACAACACAUCUCCUGAAGUGUACACUAUGGCUGCAUCCCCAUUCUACAACACAUCUCCUGAAGUGUACACUAUGGCUGCAUCCCCAUUCUACAACACAUCUCCUGAAGUGUACACUAUGGCUGCAUCCCCAUUCUACAACACAUCUCCUGAAGUGUACACUAUGGCUGCAUCCCCAUUCUACAACACAUCUCCUGAAGUGUACACUAUGGCUGCAAACAUGGGCUGUAGGUCUAAACAUGGGCUGUAGGUCUAAACAUGGGCUGUAGGUCUAAACAUGGGCUGUAGGUCUAAACAUGGGCUGUAGGUCUAAACAUGGGCUGUAGGUCUAAACAUGGGCUGUAGGUCUAAACAUUGGCUGUAGGUCUAAACAUUGGCUGUAGGUCUAACCAUGGGCUGUAGGUCUAAACAUGGGCUGUAGGUCUAAACAUGGGCUGUAGGUGUAAACAUGGGCUGUAGGUGUAAACAUGGGCUGUAGGUCUAAACAUGGGCUGUAGGUCUAAACAUGGGCUGUAGGUGUAAACAUGGGCUGUAGGUGUAAACAUGGGCUGUAGGUGUAAACAUGGGCUGUAGGUGUAAACAUGGGCUGUAGGUGUAAACAUGGGCUGUAGGUGUAAACAUGGGCUGUAGGUGUAAACAUGGGCUGUAGGUGUAAACAUGGGCUGUAGGUGUAAACAUGGGCUGUAGGUCUAAACAUGGGCUGUAGGUGUAAACAUGGGCUGUAGGUGUAAACAUGGGCUGUAGGUGUAAACAUGGGCUGUAGGUGUAAACAUGGGCUGUAGGUCUAAACAUGGGCUGUAGGUCUAAACAUGGGCUGUAGGUGUAAACAUGGGCUGUAGGUCUAAACAUGGGCUGUAGGUGUAAACAUGGGCUGUAGGUGUAAACAUGGGCUGUAGGUGUAAACAUGGGCUGUAGGUGUAAACAUGGGCUGUAGGUGUAAACAUGGGCUGUAGGUGUAAACAUGGGCUGUAGGUGUAAACAUGGGCUGUAGAUGCACACGAGGGGACAGAGAGAAACAGGAUGUGACCAGUGGUGUAAAAAGUAAAGAUACCUUAAUAGAAAAUGACUCAAGUAAAAGUCAGUAAAAUACUACUUGAGUAAACGUCAAAGUAUUUGGUUUUAAAUAUACUUAAGUUUUAAAAGUAAAAUAAGGAAAUACUUCAAAUUCCUUAUAUUAAGCAAAUCAGACGGCAAUAUUUGCUUUUUACAUUUUUCAUUUACAGAUAGCCAAGGGUGCUCCAACACUCAGACAUCAUUUACAGAUAGCCAAGGGUGCUCCAACACUCAGACAUCAUUUACAGAUAGCCAAGGGUGCUCCAACACUCAGACAUCAUUUACAGAUAGCCAAGGGUGCUCCAACACUCAGACAUCAUUUACAGAUAGCCAAGGGUGCUCCAACACUCAGACAUCAUUUACAGAUAGCCAAGGGUGCUCCAACACUCAGACAUCAUUUACAGAUAGCCAAGGGCGCUCCAACACUAGCCAAGACAUCAUUUACAGAUAGCCAAGGGUGCUCCAACACUGACAUCAUUUACAGAUAGCCAAGGGUGCUCCAACACUCAGACAUCAUUUACAGAUAGCCAAGGGUGCUCCAACACUCAGACAUCAUUUACAGAUAGCCAAGGGUGCUCCAACACUCAGACAUCAUUUACAGAUAGCCAAGGGUGCUCCAACACUCAGACAUCAUUUACAGAUAGCCAAGGGUGCUCCAACACUCAGACAUCAUUUACAGAUAGCCAAGGGUGCUCCAACACUCAGACAUCAUUUACAGAUAGCCAAGGGUGCUCCAACACUCAGACAUCAUUUACAGAUAGCCAUGGGUGCUCCAACACUCAGACAUCAUUUACAGAUAGCCAUGGGUGCUCCAACACUCAGACAUCAUUUACAGAUAGCCAAGGGUGCUCCAACACUCAGACAUCAUUUACAAACAAAGCUUAGUGAGUCCUCCACAUCAGAGGCAGUAGGGAUGACCAGAGAUGUUCUCUUGAUUAGUGUGUGAAUUGGACCAUUUUCCUGUCCUGCUAACCAUUCAAAAUGUAAUGAGAACUUUUGGGUGUCAGGGAAAAUGUAAGGAGUAAAAAGUACAUUAUUUUCUUUAGGAAUGUACAGUUGAAGUCAGAAGUUUACAUACACCUUAGCCAAAUACAUUUAAACUCAGUUUUUCACAAUUCCUGACAUUUAAUCCUAGUAAACAUUCCCUGUCUUCGGUCAGUUAGGAUCACCACUUUAUUUUACGAAUGUGAAAUGUUAGAAUAAUAGUAGUGAUUUGUUUCAGCUUUUAUUUAUUUCAUCACAUUCCCAGUGGGUCAGAAGUUUACAUUCACUCAAUUAGUAUUUGGUAGCAUUGCCUUUCAAUUGUUUAACUUGGGUUAAACGUUUCAGGUAGCCCUCCACAAGCUUCCCACAAUAAGUUGGGUGAUUUUUGGCCCAUUCCUCCUGACAGAGAUGGUGUAACUGAGUCAGGUUUGUAGGCCUCCUUGCUCGCACACGCUUUUUCAGUUCUGCCCACAAAUGUUCUAAGGGUUUGAGGUCAGGGCUUUGUGAUGGCCACUCCAAUACCUUGACUUUGUUGUCCUUAAGCCAUUUUGCCACAACUUUGGAAGUAUGCUUGGGGUCAUUGUCCAUUUGGAAGACUCAUUUGCGACCAACCUUUAACUUCCUGACUAAUGUCUUGAUGUUGCUUCAAUAUUUCCACAUCAUUUUCUUUCCUCAUGAUGCUUUCUAGUUUGAAGUGGACCAAUCCCUCCUGCAGUAAAUCACCCCCAUAACAUGAGGCUGCCACCCCUGUGCUUCACGGUUGGGAUGGUGUUCUUCGUCUUGCAAGCCUCCCCCUUUUUCCUCCAAACAUAACAAUAGUCAUUAUGGCCAAACAGUUCUAUUUUUGUUUCAUCAGACCAGAGGACAUUUCUCUAAAAAGUAAGGUCUUUGUCCCCAUGUGCAGUUGCAAACUGUAGUCUGGCUUUUUUAUGGCAGUUUUGGAGUAGUGGCUUCUUCUUCUAGGACUCGUUUUACUGUGGAUAUAGAUACUUUUGUACCCGUUUCCUCCAGCAUCUUCACAAGGUCAUUUGCUGUUGUUCUGGGAUUAAUUUGCACAUUUCGCACCAAAGUACGUUCAUCUCUAGGAGACAGAACGCAUCUCCUUCCUGAGCGGUAUGAUGGCUGCGUGGUCCCAUGGUGUUCAUACUUGCGUACUAUUGAUGAAUGUGGUACCUUCAGCUGUUUGGCAAUUGCUCCCAAGGAUGAACCAGACUUGUGGAGGUCUACAAUGUUUUGGCUGAUUUCCUUUGAUUUUCUCAUGAUGUCAAACAAAGAGGCACUGAGUUUGAAGGUAGGCCUUGAAAUACAUCCAUAGGUACACCUCUAAUUGACUCAAAUUAUGUCAAUUAGCCUAUCAGAAGCUUCUAAAGCAAUGACAUUAUUUUCUGUGCUUUUCCAAGCUGUUUACAGGCACAGUCAGCUUAGUUAAUGUAAACUUCUGACCCACUGGAAUUGUGAUACAGUGAAUUAUAAGUAAAAUAUUCUGUCUGUUAACAAUUGUUGGAAAAAUGACUUGUGUCAUCCACAAAGUAGAUGCCCUAACCGACUUGCCAAAACUAUAGUUUGUUAACAAGAAAUGUGUGGAGUGGUUGAAAAACGAGUUUUAAUGACUCCAGCCUAAGUGUCUGUAAACUUCCGACUUCAACUGUAGUUAAGUAAAAGUUGACAAAAAUAUGAAUUGUAAAGUACAGAUACCCCAAAAAAGGACUUAAGUAAAAAAGAAAACUUAAGUAGUAUUUUAAAGUACUUUACACCACUGCCACUGACUAGGGUGACCACAUUUAAAAUACCCAAAUAUGGAAUGAUUUUGUGGAACUUUGUAUUCUACAUUUAAUACAUUUUUGGGCAGAAGCAUCCUGCUUUUUUUGGGGUAAAUUUGUUGUUUUGAAUUUGUGGGUAAAAUACAGGACAUGAUUGGUUGUGGGACAAAGGGCCAAAAUGUGGGACUAUCUGGAACAUGUGGUCACCCUACAAAAAAAAUCAUGUCUUAUGAAGGGUCGGAUGGUACAAUAGGCUGCUGCUAGAGAGAAAGGUCUUAUCUGUUGAUUUCUUUUGCAGCCCUGCUCACUGCUUUCAGGUAAUACAUCGGGAUGAAUGUACAUAUUACCCAACACUUCAAUCGGGUCUAUUUAUCUGUGUUCACUAUUCACUGUGUUUGCUGUUGGUCUCUACGCCUGUUGGAAUAUUUCAUUAUUGUUUACCUUUAUGUUCUGAGGGUUUACUACGAAGCAGGCUCGGUGCGUUAGCUUGCCUAAAUAUUAAAUAUUCUGAAAUAACUUUUGUUUAUUUUUGGGGGGUAAAGAUAAGCUUGGAAUGGGAAUUGUCUUACUCGACAACCCAAAACAAAUAUCUUAAGUUUUAGGCUUGUUAAUGACAAAAGCUGAAGAACAUAGGCACAUGCUGGAGUUGUAGGUGAAUUCCACGACAAAGGGCACCGCAGCUGCUCCCAGGGGAUCUGUAUGGAUGCCUGAUGAAACGUUACAAACCUGGGAGCAAGUGCUUUCUUAAUAAACCAGAAAUCAAGUUAUUGAUCCUGUUUGACUGUUUUAUGGUCCACAGUACCCCCUCACAUAUUGUAUGUAAUUUUGUUUUUACUCGUUGCCCCUGAGGUGCCUAAAACGCUUGUAAAUACUACCUUCAAUGUGUUUCCUAUUUCUGACAUAAAUGAGCCUAAAAUAAAAUCAUUUCAACAAACCACAA